CUAAGGGGAAGGGUGCAUGUGUGUGUAGAGCAUCGUGCCUUUCACAGCCCACCCUCCACAACACAACACAACACGCCUCCCUCGGUCCUUGCGUUGUCAGAAACCGGGGCUCCCUCGCAGCAAUCCUGGCCACCCUCGGGAGUUUCACGCGUGUUUCCAAGCACGCGUGCAAAAGCGCCAGGGUUGAAGACCCCCCCCCUUAAGCGGAGGCGAACCCCGCUCGCAAACUCGCUCUCUUGCUUUGCUCUAAGUCAAGCAGCAACAAAUAAUGAAGGCACGGAAGGCCUCCGCCGCUGCCGUAAGUUGCUGCCACCCAGCGAUGCAGCCGGGGGACGGCUGGAUCCUUCGGCACGCGUGUGCAUUCCCGGAAGCCGCAAGCAAGCCCACAGUUCCAACUCUCCCGUCCCCUCCACGCGUGAGGCACGUCUGCAUCGGUGGGGGAGGAAGAGUGUUUUGCUCUCGCCUGCACACGACACCCAGGAUCCGCGCAUCUCAGCAGCGAGCGAGCUGCCUGCUUCCUCCCCCCACCCGCGCCUCCCUCACUUCCUUCUCCGCCAGUAGCGAGGGAGGGAAAUGCAACGAUUAUAUAGACAGAGAAGCACAUCGAGCGCCUCUGCUGUUUAGUGUCGCGGCGGGGGGGUUGGUGGUGUUCAAGGUAGAUGGGAGUGGUGCGCAUGCGCCCUAGGCGGCGGGGCUGAAUGUUUCCCAAGUGUUUGAAACUGGUAUUUGGGUUUUCCACGUUGGAUCAAGUGCGGCGCGUAGAGGAGAGGCUGCAUUCAUACCCACCGGCGGAACAGGAGCAGCAGCUGCAUUCGCCGAGAGGAGCUUCUCCUCCCCUUCUGCCUAUCUGUAGGCAGAGCAGAACAGAUCGUAUUUGUCUUUUUUUUUUUAAGCUUCCUCUCCUUUCCCCUCCCGUCUCUUGUACACACACACACAAAUCCCUCUCCGAUUGUUCGUACCACCUCCUUGGUGAGUUACCGACAACGACAGCCAUUCAAUCAGCUGCUACGGCUGCUCUGAGGCUGUAGGGACUCUCGGGCUGUGUGUGUGUAUGCGCGCGCCUGCCUUGCCUUGCCUGCCUGCCUUUCUACUCUGGGAAGAAAAGGACUCAGAUGUAGCUCUCUCUCUCUCUCUUUUUUCUUUCCCCCCUUUUUGGAGUGGGUUCUUUUCUCCUUUUUUUGGUGAGAUCCGAAGGAACAGGAGGCGGAAAAGAGAAGCGGCGAGGACGGAGACUCUGCCAUUGGGGGCUGCUGUGUUUGAAAGGAAAACUCUCGCCCAUUUAGGGGUGAGAGGAGGAGGAGAGAGAUAUAUAGAUAUAUAGAUAUAUCUAUACUCACAAUUUUCGGCCGGAUGAAAAUGUUGAACCCUGCAAACGGAGAGCAGCUUCAUUUAGCGAACUAUGUGGAGGAUUACCUGGACUCCAUCGAAUCUCUGCCCUUCGAUCUGCAGAGAAAUGUCUCCCUGAUGAGGGAAAUUGACGCCAAAUAUCAAGGUAAGUGCUUUUCUCCUUUAUGUGUUCGUGUGCGGGAGAGUACGUAGAAGCUACAUAGAUGAUGAUGAUAUUAUUUUGCCUUUUCUGCAGGGAUGAUCUCUCUCUCUCUCUCUUCACCACCACCCCCUCUCCCCGGUUUCAUCCCGAAGCGGAUGGCAAAGCUUUGAAAAUCUUAUUUAUUUAUUUUGUGAGAAGGCAUUCAGAAAGCAAAAGGAAAGAGGGGCGAAAAGAUUCGAGGAGGAGAGGCAGGAGAAGGGGGCUGCUCUGCAGAGAUAGAUGGAGGGGUGGGUUGUGUGUGUGUGUGUGUGUGUGUGUGUGUGUUUCCCCUUCCCUCCCCUUCCCUUCCUUGGGGCGGAACAAAAGGUCUUCUUUGGGGCUCCUGCUAUUAAAGCAAAGACUUUGCUUUUUAGGUUUUUUGAAAAAAUUGCUGGACAAAAAAGGCGGCGGCAGCAGCAGUAAGGGCAGAGGAGGGGCUGGGGGAUCAGGACGCAUGGGGCACUGAGGCGGCUGUUUCUCUUUUCUGGGUUGAGAGAGUAUGUUUUGUGGGGACAGCGGGACAGCAGUGUGUGUGUAGGGGGGUUGUUAGAAGAAAGAGGGUAAAAAGAAGGGGGCAGCGAUCCCAGUUACAACAUUGAGGAAUUUCUAGCCUUCGCAAUGGCUGUAGUAGGAGAGAGGGUGCUAGUAAGAGAGGGGAGGGAGGAUUAGAUAGAGAGUGGAAGGGGGGGUGGGCAGGGCUUGUUGCCUUCGCUUCUUCUUUUUUUCAAUGGGCAUUUGCUUUUAAAACAGUCCUCUCCUGUCAAGUAUCUGUAAACCGGGGAGCCGGGGGGGGGGGAGAGACUAUGGAAAGGGAAAAAGAUUAUAUAAAUACUGUGUGGGUUGGGGAUGUACUGCUUUGCUGAGUGACCCCCCCUCCCUCUCUCUCUCUUUUUCUUUUCCUCCCUGUGCUGAAACUCAUACAGUAUUUUCUAGCUCUUUUUUGGCGGUGAGGGGAGGGGAGGCUGUCUUCUCCCGCACUCAAGUCUGCAGCUGGGGAAAUGGUGGGUUGUUUUUUUUAGUUAUUGAGGGGGCUCGAAAGGUCCUUUGUCACUUGGUGCUGAGAGAGGUAAAAGGCGUGGGGGGGUGGAAAGAGUGCCACUGCUGCCGGUGGUAGAGGUGACACAGGGGUGCCCGUUACACAUUCAGCUCCCCCUUUUUUCUCCAGGGGCGAGGAAGGGGGGUUGGAAACCUGGCAGGCUAUUGCUGUGCUUAUGAAGCGGGGGGGGGGGGCGGGGGGGAGAGAGAACGCAGCAAGUAUCCAUUCGAGACCUUUCGUGCGACGAGUUUUUAAUGUGUCGUAAAUAGGGAGAGAAGCGCGAGAUAAAGAAAGUGACGAAACACCAAAACUUGAGGGCUUGACUGCGUGGUUAGGGGAUGAGGAAGAACGGGAGGCGGGGGGGCUGUUGUUUUAAAGGACAAGGGCGGGCAUUUCAACCAGCUACAAGCACUCCGUACUGCGCUAAAGGGAGGCACCUUCGCGCUUCAGCUCUAGAAAGAGUGAGAAGCGCCGUCACAGCGGCUUUUAUACUCACCGUCAUUACCCUGUUGUGCCCGCCCCGCCUCCAUUUUCCCAUUAUUGGCCAGAACUUCCCUCAUGAAACAGCCGUGGCCCCGCCCUGUUGCCCGGUGAUUGGUCCCGCUGAAUUCUCUACGAAGCCCCGCCUUCUAGUGGCGCUGACGAAAGCGAACGGUGGAAACCGGGUUGGGGAGGGGGAGAGGGAGCGAAGGAGAGAGAGAAGCAGUGGGAGGUUUGUUGUAAUAGUUCGAACUGCCCCGUCCGUUUCUUAGCCUGUGAUUGGCUCCUCUAGUUGCAGGAAGCGUCGGAAGCUAAUAGUGACUGACAGGUGGAUGUGGAAAUAUGAGGGUCGCAGUAAGCUCCGCCUUUAAACAUCUGAUUGGAACGUUGGCUUAAAGCGGGUGGAGAUUCGCUUGGGGCUUUCCCUUUCGAUUGGCGGAGACGCUCUUAAGGCAGAGGGCGGGCUAUUGGGUCCGAAUCUUUACUCCGUAUUGCUUGCAUCUGUCUGAGGCGGGCACUGCUUGGAUUUGCCGGGUGGUGAUUGGCCGGCCGAGCAGAUUCUUCUGCUCGCGUACGUUCUGCUGAGGAAGCCGUAAAAAGGCGGCGGGGGGAGGAGAGAAACGGCUCUUAACACAGCCACUUCCCUUCUCAGAACAAUGGACCCCGAAGACGCAUCCCGUGGGGAGGGUGUGGCCUCGCUCCCGAAAAGGAGGAGGCGGGACAAGGGCGGCAGGCGUUCUCUGGUUGGCUGAGGGCCCGGGUAGGUGGGUGUGAUAAACAGGACCCUCUUCCAAUGGCUCAGUGGGCGCGGAGACCCUUUUUUUGGUGGUGAAGGGGCGGGACAUGUAGUUACUUUUUUUUUAACCCUUUCCAGCUCUUCGCCCUGUUGCUUUCCUCCUCCGGCAUUUACCAUUAGCAGUUUUGUUUUGUUUUAUUUCUUCAGGUUUCUCACCGUGUGCGCUUUGGCACCAGGAGGUAACCUAAACCGACACUCUUGUUGUAAAAAACAACUCCCCCCCUUUUUUUUUGCUUCCUUCCUUUCACACGUUACGUGUUUUGGUACACGCGGGACACCUGUUAAGCGCACGUCUUUUAAAAUGCGAAGCAACGGAAGUUGUCGUAUAUUCCUUUUUUUUAACCACAAGCUUUUUAAUUAAUUUUUCAGAUUUUGCAAAUUCUUUUAAACAACAUUCAGCAUUAAUCUCCCAUAUCCAUGACUUCCCACCCAGCCAUCCAUGGUGUUCUUUUCUUACCAUAUAAAGCUGCUAUAUUACUUCUGUUUUACCCAUUAUAAACAUGAAUUCAAACUUAUUAAACUACCAAUUCUCAUAUAGAUUAUAUAUCUACUUCUACCCCACCCUUUCCCCUGACUGGAUAUAGCGGACUUGGGCUUGCAACCCUGUGCCCAAGACUUACCUGGGAGUAAGACCCAAGAUGAUGUCAGUGAGGUUGAGCUGCAGCUUGCAAUUUGCCCAGAAAGAGGUCUUGUUUACUUAGUAGGCACCAUGUUUUUGAAAUAAAGCUGCAGUCCUGUGCGUAUUCAAACGUUUUAAAUGUUGAUUAAGCGUUUUAGGUAAUUGACCUUCUUUUUUAAAAAAAGUAAAAAGAGAUCUCCAAGGCAGCUCACAAAAUACAAAACAAAACACCAUAAGCAAAACAGAGGCAAGAACAGCUCAUUUGUUAAGCCGCAGAUAGAAAACAAGCAGAAUAAAAUCGGAGCAUUCCCACAAACUGUCUUGUCAGCCCUCUGGAAAAGCACAGCUUUUGCUUGCUAGGCAGGGCAGGCCUGUACACAAAGAACCUGGUGUUAAGUUGGGUGUAAAGCAGGGGUUGGCAAAAAAGUUAAGCCGCGGGCCGGUCCACUGUCCCUCGGACCUUGUGGCGGGCCAGGGAAGUGGUACCGGGGGGGGGGGCUGGAAGAAGAGGCAAGGGGGGCAAGUAGUCCUCCCCAUGCCCCAGCCGCUGCGCUUACCUUCCCAGGGGCUGCCGCCACUGCUGCUUCUCAUGGGUAGGCAGAGGGAGCUCCUCCGCUCCACUCUCUGGCCCACAGGAGCACCAGGGCGGCAGUGGCGGGAAGAUGAGCGGCGCGAAAGGGUUGGUUCCGGAGAGGGGCUACUUAAAAUGGUGCUCAGCCAGCUCAGCCCAGCCCCCUUCCUCCUCUAGGCAGGGCAGGGAGAAGCCAGGAGGAGGGAGGGAGGAGGCGCCGCCGUGGUGUGUGUUUAGGGAGGGAAUGGAAUGGCGCAGGGGGGAAAUGGCACAGCCCGAACGAACAGAAUCCCCACGCUGAUCCACGGACAGUCUGCGGACCAGAUCCUAAAGGCAAUUGGGCCUGAUCCAGCCCCUGGGCCUUAGUUUGCCGACCCCUGGUGUAAAGUAUGCAAGAGCCAAACUCCAUUCUGGAGCAAGUCUACCACUGGUUGAGCUGGCCUAACCCUAGCGGAGAGGAAAUAAGCCUUUAAACAGAGCUUGAGCUAGGCCCCUUUUUUCCUGACUUAGUGCUGGGCUUCCAGCUCACAGUGAGCAUGCUGAAUGGGCUUAGGAUGCAGCCUAAAUCCUCCCACCUGUCUUACCCCAAGCAAUGCCCCUUUUUGAGGACUUAAUGCCAGCUUGACACCCACCUAAUGGGCCCAUUCUGAGCUAGGGAGAUAUGCAGGCCUAUCUGGGCUGAGUAGGGGAUGGGGCUGCACUAGGAACCUCCCUGCUCAGGCAGAGAUGUGUUAGAUCCUAGCCCUGCUCAUCCCAGAAGAUCUUGCUAUAAGACUACUGUCAAAGAUAGUAAACAUAGGGUGGAGCUAGCCUCCCUAGGAAAGGAGUUCCAUUAUUUUGUUCUUACUAUAGCUAUAUGGGACAUACAGUGGUACCUCAGGUUAAGUAAUUAAUUUGUUCCGGAGGUCCUUUCUUAACCUGAAACUGUUCUUAACCUGAAGCACCAGUUUAGCUAAUAGGGCCUCCUGCUGCUGCCGCGCCGCCGGAGCCCGAUUUCUGUUCCUUUCCUGAAGCAAAGUUCUUAACCUGAAGCACUAUUUCUGGGUUAGCGGAGUGUGUAACCUGAAGCAUAUGUAACCUGAGGUACCACUGUAUUUCAGUGCAACUCACCUCAGAGUACCUGUGUUUAGAAUCCACACUUUAAAGUGUGGGAAGUUUUAGGUGUCCCCCCCCCCAAAAAAAAACUUUUGAUGACACAUCUGUGACAAAGCUCAAGUGCUGUAUUAUGCAUGAGGUUGAGAAAUAAUAUAAUCUUAUCCUUUCUUCACAGAGAUCCUAAAGGAGCUGGAUGAUUAUUACGAAAAAUUCAAACGGGAGACCGAUGCAGUACAAAAGAGGAGGCUUUUGCACUUAAUACAGAGAGCCCUGAUCCGGAGUCAAGAACUGGGAGACGAGAAGAUCCAGAUUGUCAGCCAAAUGGUAGAACUUGUUGAGAACAGAACCAGGCAAGUGGACAGCCACGUAGAACUGUUUGAGACCUGCCAAGAGACCAAUGACACGACUGGGAACAGUGGCAAAACUAACCAAGAUAAGUCAAAGAACGAGACAAUCCCUCAGGCCGAGAAGCCCAACAACAAACGGUCCCGGCGGCAAAGAAAUAAUGAGAACCGAGAGAACGCUUCUAAUAAUCACGACCACGACGAUAUCACCUCAGGAACUCCUAAGGAGAAGAAAGCGAAAAAGUCCAAUAAAAAGAAGCGGUCCAAGGCCAAAGCAGAGAGGGAGGCUUCUCCAGCCGACCUCCCCAUUGAUCCGAAUGAGCCAACCUAUUGUCUGUGUAAUCAGGUCUCCUAUGGAGAAAUGAUAGGCUGUGAUAAUGAUGAGUGCCCAAUAGAAUGGUUUCACUUUUCGUGUGUGGGACUCAAUCAUAAACCAAAGGGCAAGUGGUACUGUCCCAAAUGCAGAGGAGAAAAUGAGAAAACUAUGGACAAAGCACUGGAGAAAUCUAAAAAAGAAAGAGCCUACAACAGGUAGUUUCUAAACGAGAGGAUAAUAAAGCAGUGAAAACAAAUAUUUAUUCUCUUUGUCUCACCUUUUGUGGAGGUGCCAGGAUUGUAAAAUGUAUAUUUUUUAAGGAGGUUACGAAUCAAAGCAUUCUUGUCAUAGGGAUGGCGACUGAGGAAAUGUUUGUUUUUUCCUUUGAUACAGCUGUCAACAAGAAAACGGUUCUUUGGGCCCAAACAUACAGUUAGAUGAUAAAGAGUUGGCACGUAAAGUCUGGGUUCAUCUUUAUUAAAAACAUACUUCCACAAGUUGGUAAAACUGCCCAUGAAAAUGUAGAUAGUAAACAUUUAUUGGAUAGCAUUCCUUUUUUUUUUUUCUUUAAAUGGGAAUGCCGUUGCUCUUUCCAGAAAAUUGUUCUAUAGUCUGUUAAAUAAACUAGCAGUGCAUUGCAAACUUGUCCUAAACACAUCAAUCAAAUCCAUUAUAAGAGUGUAGUAUAUUUAUGCCCAUUGAUUUCACUGGGCUUAACUGCACUUAACUCUUGAGUUGGAUUAUGGCUGUUUACUUGGAAAUAAGUUCCGAUUUUUUACAGUCCUAGCUACUUCUAAUAAAGUGGUUUAGGAUUGCAGCCUUACACCCAGUUUUAAACAACUUGUUGGGAAUGGAGGACCAUUACGUUCAAUGGGACUUGCUUCUAAGGGAUGUGUUUAGGAUCAGGGUGCUCAUUUCUUCUGGUGACGAUCAAUGCAAUAGCAAAGAAGAAGUUACAGCAUGGGUCCUGUUACAUGUCAGACUCUAGCAGCUCAAUAACAAAUGUUUAACUUACAAGUUACAAGCUUAUUUUUUAAAAAAAUGUGCAAAAGGUUAAAUUUUACACAACAUAUUUUAUAUACUGGCCAAAUACCACAAGGGCCUUUUUAAAAUGAUUUAGUAUAUUUUGUAUUUAACCAGGAAGUGGUUUAGUAAUAAAACUUAACAUAAAUCAAAGCUUUAUACUGUCACAGAUAAUAGUGUAGCAGUCUUUACUUUGUAUAAGUUGUAAAAAAUGUACAUUUUUCAAGUGGAGUUGCACUUAACUGUAUUAUAAUUGGAAAUGCAUCCACAUGACAUGGUGUAGCCAAUAUGCAUUUCUCUCUGUAUGUAUGAAAAUUGUACAGCUGUGAUAUUAAGGAAUAAAUUAAACAAGUUGGAUAGGCUUGUUCACUUGC